AUGAAGGCGAGGGCAUUGGGAUUCCGGCUGCGUCUCGCGCUCGUUAAUAGCGCGCGAGGCGGUGUCGGGCGCCGCCUGAUGGUGAAACACGCGCGCCAGGCCGGUUGCAAACACCGAGCCGGGCGGAGGCGAGCCGGCCUUGGGGCCGACGGGCCUAAAGUCGUCGGCGCUCAGCAUGGUGUAGCACACGGGGCAGAGGCAUGCCUCGCCCGAGGCCAGAAGCGCAGCGUGGCCCUCGACCGUGAGCACCUGCGCAGGGCGGCACGUCCUGUGGGCGGUGGCCCUCGGGCGGUCGUGCUCGUUAAAGGCAAAGCCGCCGGUGAGCGACGUGUCGUUGAGGGUGAUGAGACACGUGUAGUCGAGGCCGUCGUCGGCGGGCACCACGUGCUGGACAAACGACUUGUCAAACGCGGCCGUGACCUGCUCGUGUUCGAGGAGCCGGGCCGCGGCGGCGGGGCUCGCAGCGGCGGCCUCGCCAAAGUCGUCGCGGAUGUCGUCGCGGCACUGGGCAAACUGGUUGAUGGCCGUGGUCUCGUCGCCGAGGCACAAGCACACCAGGUACCAGAGGGUGAGCGGACGGAACCGGUGCAGGCCCAGGCACUGCCCCAUGGCCGCCAUCUCCUUGAACAGCUCGUCGUGGCGGCCCUUUUGGUCGACCAUGAGCGAGCCGUUGCGAAUGGCGGCCAGCUCGCUCGAGUCCGAGUGAACGCGCUUCUUGCGCAGGACGAGGCUACCCAUCUGGCGGUAGGUGUCCUUGACGCGCUCCUCGAGGCCGGCCGACAGCCCGGCCUGGAGCAUGAGUCCGAGCGCGCGGUACACCACCUGGUUGCCGGUCGGGUGCAGGUGGUAGAGAGCGGCGAUGAGCUGGCGCACCCACUGCCGCGCGCACUGCUCGCCCAUGCUCACGCUCGCAUUGUCGAUGGGCGGCGCCACGUAGCCCAGCGGCAGGAGCAUGGGCACCAGCUGGCCGUCGAGCUGGUAGGCGGCCUGGCGGAAGGGGCUGUGCUUGUCCUUGCCGCCGAGGGGGUACACGGGCCGGUCGCACAGCUGCGCGCUCGGCCCGAGCACGACGGUGCCGUGGAUGGGCGGGCUCACAAAGGCCGCCUCCGUCGGGACGCCCAGCGCCGAGCGCACGUCCUGGUGGAGCAGCUGGUCGGCCUGCUUGUAGAGGUCCUUGAGGCGCGCGCGGUACUCGGCAAAGAGGCCGGCCCGGCCGCUGAACUCGUCCUUGAGCGCCGAGUCGAGCAUGAACUUGACGAUGACCUCGUCGACGGCGGUGUCGGCAAACAUGCGGCUGUACUCCUCGACCGUGUGGUUGCACUGCGUGGCCGACUUGCCCUCGCACAGCGCGCCGAGCGAGACCGAGAGGUCCUGGAGCAGGCGCAUGAGGUCGUUGAUGUCGGCCUUGCUGGCGCGGAUGAGGUGCCACACGUGGCGGGCAAACUUGCCGGCGUGGAGCGGCGAAAAGUAGCUGUCGCGAAAGGGCACCUGGCCUGGUGGCGCGCGGGUGCGGUUGAUGUGCACGUGGCCCGUGGUCCGGUCGGUCUCGGGCGUGUGGGAGACGAAGCGCGCCACGUGGCGCGUGAGGUUGUGCUCGUUGAGCGUCUGGUAGACGUCGCAGCCGGCCGCGUUGGUGAGGCUCUCGGCGCGGCUAAAGUCGCGCCGCUUGUUCUCGACGGCGACGAUGUUGAGCUGCACGUCGGGGCGUUUGUCGACCAUGCGCUUGAGCUCGUGGCGCAGCUUGUUCUUGAGACCGCGCAGCUCCAUGACGGUGAUGUCCUCCCAGCCGAUCUCGCCGUCGGUGAACAGGUAGACGACGUUGGAGAAGCCCUCGUCGAGCCAGUCGUCGACGUGGGCAAAGGCAAUGUGGGGCAUGGUGACACAAUUGCACCCGAUCUUGGUCGUGAUGACGCCGAACCACUGGUCGAGCUUGGCGUGGCUGUCCACCAUGUAGGGGAUCUUCAAGUAGCCGCCGGGGAAGGCGCGGUUGGUCUCGUUGUCCGAGUUCCAAAACAGCACGCGCCAGCGCUCGUGGGGCAGGGUCUUGGCGAUCUCGACAAAGCGCUGGAAGAUGCUGCCGCCGCCGACGCCCGAGAAGUCGCCCGUCACCGAGCCCGACGCGUCGACGAGCAGAAUGGCUGUCGGCGACAUGUUGGGCUGAAUCAGGAAUGA